AUGAGGAUUGCCUGUCUCCAGUUUGCGCCCCAAGUUGGCGACGUUGAUAACAAUCUAAAUCGAGCGGAUAGUAUACUCAGCAGAGCAAAUCCCAAAGACCUGGAUCUGCUAGUGCUGCCUGAGCUAGCAUUUUCAGGAUACAAUUUCCAGUCCUUACAGCAUAUCAGUCCUUUUCUCGAGCCUACCACAGCAGGAAUUACUUCAUUAUGGGCGCGUACAAUAGCCCUGAAACACAAUUGUGUCGUCACUGCAGGCUAUCCAGAGAAGGUGGAUGUGAGCCCGAAAUGGCCCGCAGGGCCCGAAUAUUACAACUCGGCAAUCACAGUAAAUGCAGAAGGCGAGACGAUCGCGAACUACCGCAAGUCCUUUCUUUACUAUACAGAUGAGACUUGGGCUCUUGAAGGGCCAAGAGGAUUUUACAGUGGAGAGAUAGAUGGCUUGGGCAAGGUUGCGAUGGGGAUUUGUAUGGAUUUGAAUCCCUACAAAUUUGAAGCCCCUUGGAACGCCUGGGAGUUUUCGUAUCACGUCCUUUAUAGAAAGGCAAACCUGGUGAUAUUAUCAAUGGCGUGGCUAACCCGAGAAGAUGCAAGAUCUUACAGUCGUACACCAAACGAUCCUGAUAUGGAGACUCUUGCUUAUUGGCUAGCAAGACUUGAACCUAUAAUCAGGGCAGAGUUAGUCGGGGAAGUCAUAGUGGUCCUGGCCAACCGAUGUGGAACCGAAGACGAGGUGGUCUAUGCAGGAACUAGUGCAGUUCUUGGGAUCCAGGAUGGCGAGGUGAAGGUGUAUGGAAUCCUGGGACGUGGUGAGAAGGAGCUUCUUGUAGUCGAUACUACGCGAACCCCGCAGGCCAAACUGGUCUCCGAACCAAACUCAGCGGCCUCGACAGCAACGGCGUCUGUGACGCAGUCCAAUGAUACUGAAGCCUCAGUGUCAACUGACUUGAGCUCCCCGGACCUAGAAGAUGAGUUUCUGGGGCAUGAGGAAGGGUUCAGCCCAAUUUCUCCAAUAGAUUCAAAGCACACUCGAUCAUAUUUUGGUCCGAAACCGAUUCCGGCCGGAGACGACUACCCGACGCUACCCCUGCAAUCAAGCGCUACCACCAGUUUGCCUGUAGAAUCUCGCACACCUACUCCCACAAUCAGCUCGCCAUCGCCAAUCUCCCCUAUUGUAGAUCACCCAACUACUACGAAAUCAAGGGACGAAAGUCAUGCUCAAAAUCGCGAGGAGCAAGAGCUGGCAUCUAAUGACCUGGCUCCGGAACUGUGUGCCAGCAAAGCGCCUGCGCUGAGAUCUCCCCCUUUUUCCGCUUCAGCGGUGCCAAGUCAAUACCAAUCGACUUCCACAAGCGAUUCGCUGGGGCCAAGAAGUCGACAUAUUUCGCCUCGUCCAAAAAGUUCAGUAUCGUGA